CACACAUGUGCAGCAAAGAGAUCAUUCCCCAUUAUCAGUUCAUUCAAUGUUGUUGAGUAUCUCCAAACCUUUCUAAUUAAUAUCCAACACAACUCUCACAUUUCAUCAUCACAACUCUUUCGUCAUGAGCGAAGAACCGAAGACGUUGAAAGCGGUCUUCCAAGCUGCCGAACUCAAACGUACAGCGCUUGAGAGGACUUAUGAGUCCAACUCUCCUACCUAUCAUGAAGAUCUCUCACAGGCCCUAGAGUUGUACCAGCAAUGCAUCCAAAUCAUUAACAAGGUUUCCUUAUUCAGUCCUAAUGAAAGCCUUGAGGAUAUUGCAACAUCUGACAUCCCUUAUUUACUGGUCAAUUAUCACAUAGCUGAACUCCUUCAGAGGGUCUCAAUAUCCUCUGUCCUACAAAGAAAGGCCCAGUUAAACACAACUCGGAAUGCAUUUGAGAAAUUCUUGCAUCUCCUGGACAACUAUUCGAUGUUGUCUCAGUCAGACAAGAAGCUCUUCAUUCGGUACAAUGAAGACCCUGACAACUUCUCUACCAUAUCUGCCACAGACCCUGCAGCUAGGCGUAAUGCCAAGAUAUCCGACUUUAAGGCAGCAAAGGAGAUGAAGAAUAAGCUGGAGUAUAUGCGAAACUCGCCACGAUAUCUAGAGGAUGGAGGAGACGAAGAGGCUGUUCGUGAGCUGUAUCUCACAAAUAUCACGUUCUGCACAUACCUGGCUUUCCAAGCCCUGGAUGGUAUCAGCCGAGAGAUGCAAAUACUAGCACAGGCACCAAUACCCCUAACGUCCCAAGCUAGUGCAGUCCACGAAGAUGAUGAGCGACGGCGCAGGGAGUCGCAUAACAACGAUGGCUACUCUGACAGGUUAGACCAGCCUCUAAAUUCAUUAACUACCAAGGGCCCGCUCUUGAGUAAAGAAGGAAAGCCCCUGAGGCCAUUCACGCUCACAUCCAACCGGCAAGAAAUACAAAAGGGCGUAUUUCGACCUGGACAUAACCUUCCAACCAUGAGUAUCGACGAGUAUCUAGAUGAGGAACGGAGACGAGGAAAUAUCAUCGAGGGUGGUGGAGAGGCCAGCGGAAGGCAGCCAGAACCAGACGAGGACAAUUUCGACAAAGCAGAUGCGGAGACCAUGAAAGCUAGAGAGUGGGAUGAGUUCAAGGAGGCUAACCCGCGAGGAAGUGGAAACACGUUGAAUAGGGGUUGAGGGUACUAGCCUAACCUUAGGUACCUAGUAAUAGCAACAACCAGCCAAAAACACGUUCUGUGUAUUCACAUAAUAUUUUCUAUCUUUAUAGAUAUAUGCGUCUGGCUAACCUACAUAUGUAGGUACAUACUAAAAUAUUUAGGUGUGGUGCUUAUGAUGGACUCAUACUAUUGAUAUAUCUAUAAUCUAUAUGUGC